CCUUAGUCGCGCCCAGACGCUAGAUAAGGCCGGUCAUGUAGUGCUGGGACCGUUUGCAAAGUGGCAUUGUUAAUGCUGGAUCAUAUAGAAGCUACUAGUUCAAGCAUAAAAUAAAUUACUUGCUUAUUUCGAGCAGGUGUGAACGUUUAAAACGAAACAAAAUAUUUUGCACAAGUUUCGGAAAAUUGACUCAAAUAUUCUGAAUAAAUCGUUUCGAAUUAUCUUGUCGUCACAACAGUUAUUCUAAAGCAAGACUUUAUACAGCUCACAAUUCAGAAAACCUCAGAUCAGUUGUAUAUAACAACUUGCAUACUUUCUAAGGAUAAUAACACGUUUGACAGUUCUUAAACAUGAGUUUUAACAGUUUCUGACAGUGAUAUUUAAUAUUUUAUCUUCCUAAGAAUUUGAAAUCUAUUUACGAUAUCCUGAACGUCUAUUAUUACUAUUACAGGGAUUACAAUUUUAAAGUGUGAAAAUGGCAAACUUAUUGCUGAAUAUAAUGCUGAGUUUAAUGAUAACGGUGUCAUCUGUGGCUCAUGGAUUCCUGACAAAUGUGAUUAAUGACGUCAUUAGUGAAGAUACAGGGGACGUCCGUCUUUUUAAGGAAAAAGAUAAAGUAAGGGAUGUGAAGGAAAGAGCCCUUGAGAAACUACAAGAGGUGUUUGGAUUGCCGGAUUUGGGUGAGAAGCGCCAUCACCAGGUUCCUCCACAGUUCAUGACGGAGCUCUACAACAACAUAGCAGAUCAGAGUGGAUCUACUCGCAGGAGAAUUCCGUACAACGCCACAGUGAUUCGCAGUUUCAUUGAGCGAGAUAACUCUCUGUGCCACUAUUUCCACUUCAACAUAUCGGGGCUGGACGUGACAGAGAGUGUACUCGAAGCGCAGUUGCACCUGUACCGUAUGAAGAUGCAAGCAUAUGAAAUGCACCCCGCCCUCUUCACCUCUCCCAGCCUCAUUAUCCGUGUCUACCAAGUACUGGACGAGCAGCAGCUAAGCCGGCCAGAUAUGCACAGACUACUCAGUAUUCACACAGUGGGGGCCCACUCUCACGGCUGGGAGGUGUCUAACGUCACGGAGGCCGUGCUGGACUGGAUAACAGGCCGGCGUCCCAAUAGGGGUAUUCUUGUCACAUGUAACACGAUUUUUGAGCAGAGCGUCGAAGUGCGGUUCGCCCGUCGCAACGAGCAUCACAACAGCAAGCAGCCCAUACUAGUGCUGUUCGAUGACGAAGCUAAGAUACACGGCCCUACAACCGCCCCUAUCACCCAUCCUCGGCCAGGAAACCUGAAUUACUACAAAUACCACAAUGAUCCCACUAACGAGGAAGGUGAUUCGUCUGCAGAAAGAGCGGCAGUCCGUCAGAGAAGGUCCCUGCCAAACGUUGCAUCUGCAAACUCAAAUCUCAACAGCUCCACAGCAGACAACCCACCUCACAGGGCCAACGCUUCCGGAGAGUGUUCUCGGUUAGAACUCUUUGUAGAUUUCGAACAGAUUGGGUGGUCAUCUUGGAUAAUUGCACCAAAAGGAUACCCUGCAUAUUACUGUAAAGGUCAUUGUAAUUUUCCGUUAGGUCAGAGUCAGCGGCCGACAAACCACGCUACAGUGCAGAGCAUAGUACAUGAGCUUAACCUCGCCCCGGAUGUAGGCAAACCUUGUUGCGUGCCAACAAGUCUCCUUAAUGUCCCCUUACUUUUUUAUGACGACAAUGAUAAUGUUGUCCUUAGGAUGUACGAAGACAUGGUGGCCGACAGCUGUGGGUGUCUGUAGAAAGAGAAGCCUCAAUGUUAUUCGAGACAAUUUAAUUUGAUAAAAAUUUCAGAGUAAAUGGAUUUAAAAUGCUACAAAUUAUUCUUGUUACACCUCCCGAAACUUCAGUUAAUUGGAUGGUAUUAAUUUUAUUUUUCCUCAUCUUACACAUGGAAACGUUUCGUUGAAAAUUCAAAUGUAAAGUUUCUGCUCUUAUUAUGCUCAGAAAUUCCCACGCGCAAAUGCCUGUGCCUAAGGCCCCUAGACAAAAUAUGAUUCAGCCUUCGGCCUAUGGCCGUAACCUUCGAGAGCUAGGAAUCUCUCAGAUUGUAACUUUAAAGGCAGACGUUUCAAAAGAAAUCUCAUAUUCUAUUCGUACCAAACGUGCAAGCCGUCAAAUGGCGCCUCCAUCGGCGUUCUUCUGAACUUGUUGCAACUGCUGAGGAGCGGAAGUUUAGUUACUUUUAUACAUAUAAAGAGAGAGAUUGUUCAGUUUUCUUCUGCUACCCUCUAGCAACAUUGGUCUCCUUUACGGCAGACGUUCACUUCCCUCUAUCAUUAGACCCUUUCAUCAAUUUCGUUACCUUCUGCUCUCGUGAAUUAUCCUCUGCAUCUUUCAGCAAAAAUAAUACAUUCCAAGUAUGCAGAUUUGAAUCUCUGUCCUUAUAAUAGCAUUCGUUUCCAAUUAUCCAUCCGGCAUCUAUCGUUAGUCUUCGUAACACAUAUUGUUUUACGAAAAGAGAUUUUAGCCUCACGCCCAACCCUCACGAGAAGGACCAAGAACUACCAUUAAUUUGGACCCUACCCUUCUAUUUGUGUAGCUUGGGCAAUUCUACCAGGAGCUUAAUCCCUUGUUAGCAUAACUGUUCCGGCGAUUACGGUAUUCAAAGGUUUCCACUGAGUAACGUAAUAGCGCAGGGGGCAGGAAAAUUGAGAAAGGCGUAUUGUAAAAUUCUCCUUAUUAAAACGAUCCAGUGAAUCCCGAGUUAAGUCACUAAAGCGCAAUAAAUUCUGUAAUCAAAGAAAGAUCUAAACAGUAUGCAGCAUUACUAUCUCUGUUUUGUACGAGACUAGAGGUGUUCACUGGAUCUAGUCCUAUAAUUUCUAACUAUAGCAGAGGAGAAUUUUCCUUAGUUAAAAAAAAUGUACAGUAAAGAAUCUAUCUCGAUUUAUCAGUUUAAUUUGUGAGUUAUAGUCCCAGUUUUAUAUCUUUUUUAUAAUAACUGCAAGAACAUCCUGAAAUUUUAACUUCAUUCAUAUCCGCGCUGAUCCCGAAUUGUAUUUAUUAAAAUUAAAAUAACUCUGUAAUAUUCGUGAAUGCCACUUAUACUGAUUUAAUUAUGUCCACGACGUGUUUGUGCACCUGAAGUUCAACCGGCGUCGCGUGAAUGUCACAGUCUAGCCACUGAACUUGAAUCAUUAGGUCUUACAGUUAUUUUCCGAUAAUGUUUCUAAGUAUAAUAACAUUAUUAUUGUUAUAUUAUCUCCUGGUAUGUGACGCAUUGUAGGUCUAUAAAAGUUCACUGAAGUUUGGGAGGAAAAUUACCUUCAUAUUUACUUUUAUCCUGAAGAAAGAGAUUGUAUGAUUGUCCGAAAUAUUUGCAACCACUUACCAAAUGGCACGAUACUAUAACUCAGAAGGCCAAAAUUCUGUUUUAAUGUAAAUGGAAGUGUCAAAUCUGAAGCAGAAAGAAAUCAAAUCGGGGCAGUUAUCAGAGUUUGAUAAUUCUUUUUUCUGUGGCGCUACAGCCCCAAUUUGGGCCUAGACCUACCUCCAUGAAACUCUCCGUUUCACUUCAG